GCCCCCCAGCAAAAAAAUUUCGGGGAAAGUUUUGGGAGGAACGCUUCUCUCCUCCGCUCGGAAGUCCGCAAGAACAACAAAGCCGUCGCAAUUCACACGGCAUGGGGAUUUGGUUUGCGAUUAUAAUAUAACCGCCAUCUAUCGAUCUUCUACUCUCUCCAGACGAUCUCUCUAUACAUAUAAUUGCGACAUCUUUUUGGGGGGAUCGAAACGCAAAAUGCCCGAACGGGUCCGCACCGUCUUCGACGACGAGGACAACGCCAUCCCCGUCAGCAAAGUCUCUCCCCCGAAUACGAAGCCUCAGGUAAAAGAAGCGCAAUCGCCUUCGGGACCUGCCCGCACGAAACGGAAGGAUUCCGAUUCUGGGUUUGAUGCGGUGGAGGAUGGAUUGAAGAAGCAGAAGAAGCAGAAGAACAAGAAGCGGAAGGUCGAUGGCAGGGGUACGGGGGUGAAGGACGAGCCGAACGGCGUGGUGGUGGACGCAGAUGCAGAUGCAGAGAAAGCAGCGCUACGGACGAAGGCUAAGAAGGAGCACGCCGGAAAGGAGGAAGUAAAGCCCGAGGACAGUGGAAAGCCACGACUACACCAUCGCAACAACAACAGCACGAUAACGAAAUCGAAACCCGGAUCGACCAAGAACCACACGUUCGGUCCGCUGCGCGAGAAGGCGCAGGCGCUCUACCAGCUGCGCAAGAACCUGCCGAUUUUCCCCCACGCGGACGAGAUCCGCGGCCACCUGCGCCGGAACGAUGUAAUGCUGCUGAUCGGAGAGACCGGUAGCGGAAAGAGUACGCAGAUCCCGCAGUUUCUGGUCACGGAGAAGUGGUGUCGGCCGGUGAAGGCGAUGGUUGCGGAGGUUGCCGGGGGCGGGGCGGUGGAGAAGGUGAAGGAGGUGCAGGUGGGCGGAUGCAUUGCCAUCACGCAGCCGAGAAGGGUCGCUGCGAUCUCGUUGGCGCGACGUGUCGCGGAUGAGAUGGGCACGCCGUUGGGGAAUUCCUCCCCGGCGAGUCGGGUCGGGUACUCCGUGCGGUUUGACACGUCGACGUCACCGAGUACGCAGGUCAAGUUCCUAACGGAGGGGAUGCUGCUCCAGGAGAUGCUGCAUGACCCCUGGUUGACCAAGUAUAGUGCCAUUGUGGUGGAUGAGGUGCACGAGCGCGGUAUCAAUGUGGAUCAGGUGCUGGGGUUCUUGAGGAAUAUGGUAUCGGGCAAGCUGGAGGGCCGCGGAGGAGUGCCCUUGAAGGUCGUGGUAAUGAGUGCUACGGUUGAUAUGGAGACCCUCACGGGCUUUUUCCAGGAAGGGUUGCAGGCCCGACGUGCUAUUGAAGGGGCUACGGAGGAAAGCAAGGUGGCAGACAGCCCAUCCGAAGACAAAAAAGAGGACCAAGGCAUCGCCGCGUGCCAUAUCAAGGGUCGUCAAUUUCCAGUGAAGGUCAUCUACUCGCCAGAGCCUGUCCAUGAUUUUAUCGACGCAGCGCUCAAGGUGAUCUUCAACAUUCAUUACAGAGAGCCUCUGCCGGGUGACAUCCUCGUUUUCUUGACAGGACAGGAGACGGUGGAAGCCCUUGAGAAUCUCGUGAAUGAGUAUGCAGUCGGAAUGGACCCUGCCCUCCCGAAAAUCCAAGUCCUGCCACUCUUCGCAGCCCUGCCCCAAGCGGCCCAGCAACGAGUCUUCCUUCCGGCGCCGCCUCGAACCCGCAAGAUCAUUUUGGCCACAAACAUUGCCGAAACCUCCGUCACGGUGUCUGGCGUGCGGCAUGUGGUUGAUUGUGGUAAGGCGAAGGUCAAGCAAUUCCGCUCGCGUCUUGGGUUGGAUUCCCUGUUAGUGAAGCCGAUUUCCAAGUCGGCAGCGAUUCAGCGAAAGGGUCGUGCCGGUCGUGAAGCGCCCGGCUCGUGCUACCGACUCUACACAGAGAAGGAUUACCUGGACUUGGAUGAAACCAACACUCCGGAGAUCCUCCGUUGUGAUUUGAGUCAAGCGUUGCUCAACAUGAAGGCUCGCGGCGUCGACGACAUUAUGGGAUUUCCAUUCCUGACGCGACCGCCACGAGAGGCUUUGGAGAAGGCGUUGUUGCAGCUGCUGAGCAUUGAUGCCUUGGAAGAGACCGGCAAGAUUAGCCCGAUCGGGAAGCACAUUGCCAAGCUCCCUCUCACGCCCACACUGGGUCGAGUGCUGCUGGCCGCUUCUGAGUUUGGGACGGAUUGUCUGCUAGAUGUCAUCGAUAUCAUAUCAUGUCUCAGUGUUGAGAAUAUCUUUCUAAAUACGACCUCGGAGGAAAAGAAAGAGGAGGCGGAGGUUGCGCGACGGGAUCUGUAUCGGAGGGAAGGCGAUCAUCUCACCAUGAUGGCUACAGUGCAAGCUUACGCUGCCGAGAAUACGGAUCGGAAAGCAUGGGCUGAGAGACAUCUCGUCUCCCACCGGGCCAUGCAGUCGCGCAGUGCCGACAAGCCAAGCUUCUCCCCAACGACACGCGGGGCUCUUCUACCACCAAUGGCUCCUCCUCCCCGAUGUUCAUUCUGAAGAGUUUCCUUCGAGGAUUCGCUACGAACACGGCGCGCCUCGUACCGGAUGGCAGCUAUCGUACGGUGGUGGGGAACCAGACAGUGGCGAUCCACCCGUCGAGUGUGUUGUUUGGCAAAAAGGUGGAGGCGAUCCUGUACAACGAGUUUGUUUUUACGAACCGUAGUUACGCGCGUGGGGUGAGCGCCGUGCAGAUGGAUUGGGUCGGAGAAGCGUUGUCUGGGUAGGAUUUUUUUGGUACUCAGUAGACUAUGUCUGCUUGCUUUUCCUGGUCUGCAGCCCCCCCCCC